CGAAAUCAUUUGCCAUUAUUGCAUCUGAGCUCCCUUGUCAUUUAUAUUUUUCAUUGACAAGCAGUUUGGUUGACUCGUUAGGAAUGGAAUUUUUCGAAGAGACAAUGAUUUCAUUUUACAUUAGAUUUGGUUUGUCAUUAAUGUUUUGGUCUCUCUAUGCAAUGCUGGUACGCAAACUUGGUUUUUCCAAAAGACAAUAUAAUAUAUUUCAACUAGUUUACUUGCAAACCAAACCAGAAUCCCAUAUCAAUCAACGCAAUUCUCCAAAGUCUCGUACUUCCGAACCCGAUUCUCUUCUUCCUAGACGUCAACUAGUUGCCUUGAAUUCUUCUCGUAAUCCGCCACUGGUUUUAACUGGAGACGGAAAUUCUCUUCAUUUAUCUUCUUCUAGUGUCACUGAUAUACAGUUUUUACAACAACUGGAUAUCCAUUCCCAACUUGGCAACGUACUUUUAAAUGAAACCUUUCAUCAUCGUGUUUCAAGUAAUGGAAUUGCCUUGACCACUGAAUGGACAGUAGUGGACAAUGGCAAUACGAGUAGUCCUAGUCGUUGGCAACUAAAUCUUUCUACCGGCAUUCUCAGUCAGCUUUCACUUAUCAACGAUGGAAACAAUACUCAAUCAAACAUUCCACAUCUUGGCACCUAUUUCCUAUAUAACGAUGGAAAGAAUUGGACCAAUUAUUUGUUUUCUAUCCAAGUCAGAGCCAAUGGAAGUAACGGAGCUUUCGGACUCAUGUUUCGAGUGGCAAGCAAUGCCGAGUAUUAUCGGUUUCUAUGGAAUAAUGCGAAUUCUACUGGUGUCUAUCAACGCCUCGAACAGCACGGCCAGAAUACUUUCAGGGUAUUGAAUCAAACCACAGGAAUAGGAUAUCCUUUUGGAACGUGGAUGAUCCUAACAGCAGUUUGCAACGGUCCCAUAUUGCAAAUAUUCGCCAAUCAAACCAAUGUGUUGCAAGCCAAUGUAUCAACAAGCCCUAUUUCUCAAGGUUCGGUAGCUUUGUACACUUAUGAUGACGAUGUCGUACAGUUUCGAGAAGCAGUCGUUGUAGCUGUUCAAAGUACACCAACUCCCAGUACAGUAACCCAAAUACCUAGUCUUCAAGCUACUGCAACACCAAUAACCACAAAAUCUACUAGCACACCAACUGCUACUCCCCACGUUGUAACAACCAUACAACCAAGUAAGACUCCAACAGCAACACCUACACCUUCACCAACACCUACUGCUACUCUCGCAACCACUCAACCUCAACCUAUUCUACAACAUGGACAGGCAUUGUUACAAUUUGUCAUCAAAUUUGGAGACUUGUCGUUGAGCAACUAUUCAAGCAACCUGAACCAGGAAGUGAAACAGAACAUUGCUAAUCAUUCCCAAAACCAAAUUACGGAAACGAAUAUUUAUUUGACAGCAUUGCGUGCGGGUUCUGUGUAUGCAACGUUUAUGAUAAGAACCUCAAUUUCUCUUCAAUCUUCUGUUGAAAACUUUAUUAACGAUUAUGUAUGUCAAUCUGGAGGAUUGGACAGCAGUUUACAUACAUCAUUGAAUUGUCAAGCAUUUACGAAUGGACAAAAUAUUCAGUUGGUAACUCAAGUGAAAAAUGCUUCCAAUGGCCUUAGUUCAGGUGCUAUUGCAGCAUUAGUAGUUUGUUUAGUUGGCAUUCCAUUGCUCAUUGCUGCCAUUUUGUUGUAUAUCCGUUUUCGAAAGCCAUCUUUAUGGAAAGUUUGCAUCCAACGGGUUCUAUUCUGGUAUCCUCAAAAGGAGUCCAAAGCAUCAUCAUUAUCCAAGACAAAACAAAAAGUUCAUAAUGGACUCCAACAUUGCCAUCGAAAGCCAAGUAGUCCUAUGUUACAAGUUCAUCUACAUUCCAGUUUACGACAGCUCACUCGAGCUCGCCUUUUGGAUGAUAUGCUGUAUUCUUUGCAAGCAACUGGAGCAAAAUGGAAAGUCAUGGUGGUUGAUAAACGUGGUCUACGUAUUCUUUCGGCUGCUUGUCGAAUGAAUGACUUGAUUUCUAGAGGCAUUACUCUGAUAGAAUCUCUGGAAGCUAUUCGUGACCCAUUGCCUAUGUUGGAUGUCAUCUAUUUUAUGUCUCCCAAUGAUGAAUCUUUCUUAAGUCUCAUCGCAGAUCAAAACACUCAACUUGAUUGGACCCCUUCUUUAUACAAUGCUAUUCAUAUAUUUGCUUGCAAUAGAAUCAGCGAAUCGUUGUUACAAUGUAUUCAUUCCAUUGGAGGGCGUCGAUUGCUUUCCAAGUUGGUAACUUUGAAAGAAAUUCAAGUGGAUUAUUUGGCAGUCGGUGAAAAUGUAUAUCAUUUGGAUAGAACAGAUAGUCUUUAUCAACUUACAAAGGAAGAGAGUAGAAAAGAGGAAAUAUUUUCGAGUGGAUGUCAAUUUUGUACUCUAUUGAGCGUUUGGAAUCGUUUUCAACGCAGUUGGAAUAUGUCUCCUUUACAGUUGGAAUGGAAAUACGAUGAUAGAAAUGUACUACUAGAACAAUGGGUCAGUUGUGUGCAGCAACAAUGGGAAGGUUAUUAUGCUCAUUUUGACAACCCGCUCAACAUCUCAUCGGAGGAUCGGAAACGAGAUAGUUGUUGUUCAGUUUUGAUAUGGGAUAGAACAUCGGACCUUAUUACUCCCUUGUUGCAUGAUUUGAGCGUCGAAAAUAUUUGUUUAGAAAUGAAAGAAAAUGGAGAGUGGAAAGAUGGAAUGCCAUUACCAGAUGACGCAGAUGAAUAUUGGAGUUUGUUGAGAUAUGAAAGAAUUUCCAUUGCUUCGCAAAUGAUUGCUCACAAGUUGCAAAGCUUUCUAUCCGAAUAUCGUGUACAAGUUGGUUCGAUGGAUGAUGAAAAUACAAUAGCUCAAUCUUCCACAUCCAACAGUUUACAUGAAAUGGCCAAAAUGGUACGAGAUAUUCCACAAUAUCAGGAAGAAAAAGCCAAAUUGACCAAAUAUAUUGAUCUAUUGCAUCGAUGUCUUUUGCAAGUGGAAAAUAGAAAACUGAUUGAAUUGAGUCAACUGGAGCAAGAUAUUGUUAGUGGAAGAACAGUCAAUGGGAAAAGUAUUCAAUCAGGUUCAUCCAAAUGGGAGCAUUUGAUGGAAAGAGUUGAAACUUUUUUGAGCGACUCAAGUACGAGGGAACAAGAUAAAAUGAGGAUCAUCUUGCUGUGGAGUCUUUGUUGGGGACUCUCCAUCACCCAAAGAAACCGAUGGCUUCAAAUGGCCCAGUUGCAUGAAAAUGUUCAAGUCAUUCGAGCUUUGAAAGCUUGUGAGACAUUGAAUGUUUCAGAUAGUCAAAAAGAAAGAAAGAAAAGAAGGGAAGAAACGAAAAGAUUUCUUUCAAAGAAACAUGCCUUUUCCCAAAGUACGGAUCAUGAAGAAGAACUCUAUGAAAGGGUCAUUCCUGCAGUUUGUUCAGAACUGGAAAAUAUCUUAGGUAAAAUUGAGGAUAAUGGAUUUGUAUCGGAAGAUGAAGAAAGAAGAACCGGACGAACUAAGAAUGCAACAGAUAAACGCAUUUCAUCGUCUUCUCGUGUAACCAAAAGCGUUCGAAGGUCGAGGUCUCGUAGACGAUCCGCACCCUCAGAUGACUAUCCAUCAUCAUCUGCACAAAUAGAAAAGCGACGCAUAUUGAUAUUUGUAUUGGGUGGAGUGACCUUAUACGAAAUUCGUAAUUUACAGUCUUUAGCAGAAAGAUAUCCUAUCAACUUGGUAGUCGGUGGUAGCUGUAUAUUGACUGGAGCUUCUUAUUUGUCUCAAUUAUCUCGAUUUGGUAGAGCGUUUGCUUUUGAAUUGAUCAAAAGCUUGAAAUUGUUACCUGAUGGAAGCAAGUUGCUUGUAACUGGUAGAGACGAGUCGAAAGUAUCUCAAUUGGUACAGUCGUUGUUGGAGAACAGACCCAACUUGUAUGUUACAGGAAAAGUUCUUGAUUUGAAUUGUUCUUCAGUACAAUCUGAUAUAGCCUCCCUAUUUCAACAAGAGGAAGCGAAUAGUUAUUCUUCCAGUUAUCUCGUGAAUAAUGCAGGAACGCUGGGUCCCUUGGGUCCUUUAGAAGAAUGUGACCUUGAAUACCAUAUCUUGUUAUUUCCAUGAGAAUGUGCAUACUACUGUGUAUUUAACGAA